GGGAACAGCCACAACCCGGGCUGUUCCUGCCAUGGGCUCGGGCCCCAUCGACCCCAAGGAGCUCCUCAAGGGCCUCGAUUGUUUCCUGGGCCGGGAUGGGGAGGUCAAAACCAUGGACGGCAUCUCCAAAAUCUUCAGCCUCAUGAAGGACUCGCAGAAGAUGGUGAGCCGCUGCAUUUACCUGAACAUCCUCCUGCAGACCCGGGCCCAGGACAUCCUCAACAAGUUCAUCCGGAUCGGGGGCUACAAGCUGCUCAACACGUGGCUGACGGGCUCCAAGGCCGCCAACAACGUCCCCUUCCUGCAGCAGCUGCUGCUCACCCUGCAGCACCUCCCGCUCACCGUGGACCACCUCAAGCAGAACAACACGGCCAAGCUGGUGAAGCAGCUCAGCAAGUCCAGCGAUGAUGAGGAGCUCCGCCGCCUGGCCUCCAUCCUGGUCAGCGACUGGAUGGGCGUGAUCCGCUCCCAGAGCAGCUCUCAGCCCACAGAACGGGACAAAAAGAAAAGGAAAGAGGAAAACAAAAGCAAAACUCCCGUCCCGGAGAAGCCCCAGGAGACCAAAAACGAGGCCAAAAGUGAGGAAAUUCCUGAAAAGAAACGGGAAAAACCCAAAUCCCUGCGGACCACGGCCCCCAGCCACGCCAAGUUCCGCUCCACAGGGCUGGAGCUGGAGACGCCGUCGCUGGUGCCGGUGAAAAAAUUAAACUCGGCCUCGUCUGACAAAUACAGCCUGAAACCUGUCCCGGUCAAGAGGCAGAGCGCCCCGACAGCCCCCGGGGAGGCUCCUCUGGCAGAGAAGAAAUACAAACCCCUGAACACGGCCCCGAACGCGGCCAAGGAGAUCAAAGUGAAGAUCAUCCCCCCACAGCCCAUGGAAGGCCUCGGGUUCCUGGACGCCCUGAACUCAGCGCCCGUCCCUGGAAUCAAAAUCAAAAAGAAGAAGAAAGUUCUGUCCCCAACAGCAGCCAAGCCCAGCCCCUUCGAGGGGAAGCCGGCGCCCGAGCCCAGCACGGCCAAACCCUCGUCCCCAGAGCCGGCGGCCGCGGAGCCCAUGGACACGGACCGGCCGGGGACGCCGGUGCCCGCCAUCGAGGUGCCCGAGCCCAUGGACACCGGCUCGUCGGACGCGGGGGGUGACCCCAAGGCCACCGAUGUCCCCUCCGAGGGGGGCCCGGCCCCGCGCAGGCCCCGCAAGAAGAAAUCGGUGUCGUGGCCCGAGGAGGGGCGGCUGCGCGAGUACUUCUACUUCGAGCUCGACGAGACCGAGCGAGUGAACGUGAACAAGAUCAAGGACUUUGGCGAGGCGGCCAAGCGGGAGAUGCUGAAGGACCGGCACGCCUUCGAGACGGCGCGGCGCCUCAGCCACGACUCCAUGGAGGAGAAGGUGCCCUGGGCCUACCCCAAGGCCCUGGAGCUGCCGGCGCCGCUCGUCAUCCCCGGCAGCGGCAGCCGCGAGCGCUUCACGCAGGCCGAGCGCGUCAAGGGCAUCCUGCAGGAGAUCUUCCUCUCCAAGGAGAGCAUUCCCGACAGCCCCCACGAGCCCGACCCGGAAUCCUACGAGCCACUCCCACCCAAACUCAUCCCCUUGGACGAGGACUGCUCGGGCGAGGAUGGGGCCUAUCCCGAGGGGCUGGAUCCCGGGAACGCCGCGGCCUCCCCGGAGCCGGGGGCGGGGGCCAAGCUGCCCCCCGUCCUUGCCAACCUCAUGGGCAGCGUCGGGGCCGGCAAGGGACCCCCAGGACCCCCCCAAAACGCCCCCAUCAACAUGCAGGAGAUCAAUUGUGGAGGUGACAAAUUUGGGGGCGGCCCCAGCAGCCACAAGGCCGAGGAGCUGCUCAAGCAGCCGGACUACUCGGACAAGAUCAAACACCUGCUGGGCAACCUGGGCAGCCAGCCGCCGGGGGGGCCCGGGGCAG